CGGACCCCCCGACGCCGCCCUCCCCGCGCCCCCCCUGAGCGGCGGUCCCCCUCCCCCCCGCGGCUCCCCGCGCCCGGACGAUGCUUAAGUCCCGGCUCCGCAUGUUCCUGAACGAGCUGAAGCUGCUGGUGCUCACGGGCGGGGGGCGGCCCCGGCCCGAGCCUCAGCCCCGAGGGGGCGGGGGAGCCGGCUGCGGCUGGGGGCCCUUCGCCGGCUGCUCGGCCCGGGACAGCGACGGCGACGACGAGGAGUACUACGGGUCGGAGCCGCGGGCCCGGGGACCGGGGGACAAGGAAGCUCGGGCUGGACCCCCGCCGCCCCCUCCUCCUCCUCCACCUCCUGCCCCUGGCGGCCUGGACUCCCUGUCCCUGAGCAGCAGCCUGGACAGCGGGCUCCGAACCCCCCAGUGCCGGAUCUGCUUCCAGGGGCCGGAGCAGGGGGAGCUCUUGAGCCCAUGUCGGUGUGAUGGUUCAGUUAGAUGCACCCACCAGCCUUGCCUCAUCCGAUGGAUCAGUGAGCGGGGAUCUUGGAGCUGUGAACUCUGCUAUUUCAAGUACCAGGUCUUGGCAAUAAGUACCAAGAACCCACUGCAGUGGCAGGCCAUCUCACUGACAGUCAUUGAGAAGGUCCAGAUCGCAGCCAUUGUCCUGGGCUCCCUCUUCCUUGUUGCCAGCAUCUCCUGGCUCAUCUGGUCUUCACUCAGUCCAUCAGCUAAGUGGCAGAGGCAGGACCUGCUCUUCCAGAUCUGCUAUGGCAUGUAUGGCUUUAUGGACGUCGUCUGCAUUGGUCUCAUUGUCCAUGAGGGCUCUUCUGUCUACCGCAUCUUCAAACGCUGGCAGGCAGUGAACCAACAGUGGAAGGUCCUGAACUAUGACAAGACCAAGGACCUAGGAGGGGAUGCAGGAGGGGGGAUGGCAGGGAAGCCAGGACCCAGGACCUCACGGACAGGUUCCCCACCUGGGGCCACUGGCCGCCCUCCAGCUGCCCAGCGUGUCCGGACGCUCUUGCCCCAGCACUGUGGCUACACAAUUCUGCACCUGCUCGGACAGCUCCGGCCACCAGAUGCCCGUUCCAGCUCCCGCUCUGGCCGAGAGGUUGUCAUGAGGGUCACUACUGUCUGAGCUACACUCUCAGGAAAGGAGGACCCUAAAGUCAGUGUACUGGCUGGAGAUGUGGUCCAGCCCUUGCUGAGCAUCUUCCUUGAACCAGUGGAGAUUCCACCUAGACAAGGUGUUGCUCCUGCACCUGACUGCCCCAACACAUCAAGGGAUCUCUGAUGUUGACAUGACCACUGGAGAUAAUAUUUGGUCCCCACUGAUCACUCAUCUUUCCCUGGGGCAAAGAUUCCACCUAGAAGAAAUUUCAAUCUUCAUUGAUGGCCACUUAUCCUGCUGGGAAGUGGGGAGAACAUCUUUUCCCCUGGAGAGAGUGGAGAGAAUCAUCUUUACCUCAGCUCACAUGGCCUCUGGCUCCUCACUCCACAGGGAUGAUUUGGUGAAGGGGGCCAAUGCCAGGAGGAAGGGGCUACCAACUCACCCACCCCUCCUACUCUAUGGCCACAGGGCAUCUGGCAAUAAGACUAGUGUAUACCCACCUCCUGCUCCCUGCAUGAGGGCAGGGGGGUCUACCCCUGCCUACCCCCCUCUUGUUUGAGGGGAGGGCAUAAAGAGUCAUUUAUAUGCAAAUGGAGGCUUGUUUCUUGUCCAAGGAUUGUGGGAAGAUUUGAGAUUUGGGGAGAGGUUUUAUCUACACAGGUUGCAAAUCCUAAAGCACUUAGUAAGUUAACUCUUUUUCUCCCUAUCAAUCCAUAAUGAUUUAUUCCAAGUGGUUUAGCAAACACUUGCUGGUGAAUAAUUCACUUUAAUUGUAUAGUUGGCAAAGCUCAGAAUUGUCUGGUGGGGAAAAAAAUCAUACACCCAGAAAUUAGAAGGCCUAUGUUCUACUCCUCUGUGCCUCAGUUUCUCUAUCUACCUCACAGGAUUGGUAUGACAAAAAUGAGACGUAGGUAAAUUCCCAUUGCAAAGAAAAUUUCUCCAUGACCAAAUGUUUUCCAAGACCUGGGCUUUUAUUUCUGGUUGCAUUCUAUACACCAAAUCACUGAAUGUCAAAAUAAUUUGGCCUUUGGAUGGUA